UGAGCGCUUCCCAACACAUUGACACCACAAAAGUGCCGGUAAUUCUCAGUCAAAGCCAUUUUGCUUGCAAAUUUUGUUCGAACGUAUAAAAAGUAAAAAUAAAGAAAAAUGUCGACCUGGACGCCACUUGAAUCCAACCCCGAGGUGCUGACCAAGUACAUACACAAGCUAGGCGUGUCGCCUGCCUGGUCGGUGAAUGACGUCAUUGGUCUGGACGAAGAUAUGCUCGAGUUUAUUCCCCGUCCAGUGAAGGCUUUCAUAUUGCUCUUUCCAUGCAGCGAGGCUUAUGAGAAACAUCGUGCUGAGGAGCAUGAGCGCAUCAAGGAUGUGAAGGAGCAGCAUCCCGACGAUCUGUUCUACAUGCGCCAAUUUACUCACAAUGCUUGCGGCACUGUGGCCCUCAUCCAUAGCGUGGCCAAUAACAAGGAGGUGGAUGUAACUGGGGGAGUUCUGAAGAAGUUCCUGGAGAAAACCGCCGCUUUGUCGCCAGAGGAGCGUGGCUCUGCUUUGGAGCAAGAUACCGAGUUUACAGCCGACCAUCAGGCUUUGGCUCAAGAGGGCCAGACCAAUGCCGACGAACAUGAGAGUGUGAUCCAUCAUUUUAUUGCUUUGGUGAACAAAGAUGGCACCCUCUACGAGCUCGAUGGACGCAAAUCGUUUCCCAUCAAGCAUGGCAAGACCACAGAGGAGACCUUUGUGAGCGAUGCGGCCAAGGUGUGCAAAGAGUUUAUGGCCCGUGAUCCCACCGAAGUACGUUUCACAGUCUUGGCCUUGACUGCUGCGCAGGAUUAGGCUGCUUCCAAAAGAGCAUACGAGAAUACAAUGAUCUCUGAUCUGCCAGAUACACCUACAUACAUACAUAUACCACGUACAUUAUUAUAUAUAUUUGUAAACUGUCUUUAAGGCGCAUGAGGGAACGCCAUUAAGCCAGUUGAAACAUACAAUUUAUGCAUAUAUUUAUUUAGCUUUGAGCCAAAAAGCCGCCACACCCAAAAGCCACAC